CCCAGUUUAGCGGAUUGAUUUACUCGCAGUAUUGGUAAAUAUGAUCACGUGGGCUCCGCAACCAAUGGUUGAGGGUUGCAGUCUGCAAAAUACUACGAUUGUUCUCCGGGAGGGUAUCAUAUACAGUUAACAGUGUAACCUUUUAUAUGACUAAGAGGGGAGCCUAAAAUGUCGUCUAGUGGCACCAUAAGUAACUAUUAUGUCGAUUCUCUCAUAGGCCAUGAAAGCGAAGAAGUUUACGGGAGUAGAUUCGUCCAGGGAGGUCACAGUGCGACCUCCAGGCCAUCAGGUGUUGCAGAGAGUUCAGAUUUUUCCUCCUGUAGCUUUGCACCAAAAUCCACCGUGUUCUCCACCUCCUGGUCCACGGUUCACCCUCAGCCGUCUGCGGCAAUGACCGGGAUCUACCACCCCUACAUGCACCAGCCCCACUUAGGGGCAGCCGACGCCGGCCGCUACGUGCGCUCCUGGAUUGAGCCCUUCCCGGGCUUCCCGGGCGGCGGCGGCGGCGGCGGCGGCGGCGGCAGCGGCGGCGGCGGCGGCUCCGCGUCCAGCUCCGGCUCCUCCAACGGGCGCCACUACGGGAUAAAGCCGGAGACGGGAGCAGCCGCCUCCUCGUCUUCCUCCUCCUCCUCCUCCUCCUCCAAAAGGACUGAGUGCUCCUCGUCCCGGGAGUCCCAGGGGAUCGGUGUGCCCGAGUACACGUGCAGCUCCUUCCUCCAGGAGCCCCGGGAGAAGGCGGCUGCCGGCAGCUCCAAGGACCCCGCCGCCUGCAGCCACAACCCCAGCCCGAGCAGCGAUCUGAAGGAGGAGAAACAGCAGCAACUUGACCCAAAUAACCCUGCAGCAAACUGGAUCCACGCUCGUUCAACGAGGAAAAAGCGUUGUCCCUACACAAAGUAUCAAACUCUGGAACUGGAAAAGGAAUUUCUCUUUAACAUGUACCUCACCCGAGACCGCCGUUACGAAGUAGCUAGGAUUUUAAAUCUCACAGAAAGACAGGUCAAAAUCUGGUUUCAGAACAGAAGAAUGAAAAUGAAAAAGAUGAACAAGGAGAAAGGCAAUAAAGGAGACUAACGCUGGGGUAGAAACGCAGUUGGGGAAUAUUGCUUUAGUUUUGAGUUUGGGGCUUGGGGUUUUGUUUUGGGGUUUUGUUGUGGGGGGUUGGGUUUUUUUUUUUUUUUGGUUGGUUGGUUUGGUUUUACUCUUCCUCUGCCCUCUCAGCCCCCCAUACGUUUCUCCUCCUCCUCCCGCGCCCCCCACCCCAGGAACUUUAAAUCAAUCUGGUCUUUUUUUUUUUUUUUUUUUUUUUUUUUUUUUUUAGAUAGAAGUGAAACGUGGUCUAUGUCAGGUAUUUUGGGAAAUUUUGUCUUGCUCGCCAACGUGUUUUGCAGAGUCGCUUCAUCCCCCCCUCCUCCUUCCCAGACCGUUUGGUUGGUGAUAUUGUGAGUGCACGUUAGCUUUGGGAACUCUAUCUGAUGUUAAAUGUUUGACAUGUUUCUUAAAAGUGAGGUAGUCUAGAUAGUUACUUUGCCAAAAUAAAGGUAAGGAAAUUAAUUAUAAUUACGAUAAUAAAAUAUAUAUUAAAUUACAGUCGCUUAAAUCAAUGGGGGUGCUGUGUUGUCCACAAUUUACUUAAGAGGAAACCUUACCCAAACCCUCUGCUUUCUAGGUCUGAAUUUCGCUCCUUUGCAAUAGAUGCCACAGCGAGGCCACGAGCUUUCCCCCCCCUUUAGUGCACUAUUAGGAGGUUGUCUCAUCCUUGAAGCCGUUCGCAAUAGGCCUAACGUCUCCCGGUCCCCCGGCUAGCUGGCGUCCCUGCCCCCGGUGACUGUUGUAUUAAUUAACCACCCCGUGUCUCGAACU